GGGAGGACGUGAAGGAGGAGGAGGAGGAGGAAGCGGACGGUGACGGUGACGCCCUAGCGGAGCCGAGGCCCCGCAGCCCGGCCCCAUGGCCUCGUCCUGCACCAGCAUCGACAUCGAGGACGCCACGCAGCAUCUGCGGGACAUCCUGAAGCUGGACCGUCCGCCCGGAGGCUCAGGCACAGAGAGCCAGCGGACAUCCAGCUCCUACAAUGGAGAUCUAAAUGGACUUCUGGUGCCAGACCCCCUUUCUUCUGGUGAUGCAACUGUACUGUCUAAACCGAGUCACAGAGGAGCACCCUUGGCCAGCCUGGAGGAGAAGCAGGUCAUCUGUCUUUCUGGAGAUGACAGCUCCACUUGCAUUGGGAUUUCAGCCAAGGAGGUAGAAAUAGUGGCUAGCAGUGACUCCAACAUCUCCAGCAAGGCUCGGGGGAGUAACAAGGUAAAAAUCCAGCCAGUGGCCAAGUAUGACUGGGAACAGAAAUACUAUUACGGCAACCUGAUCGCUGUGUCUAAUUCCUUCUUGGCGUAUGCCAUCCGAGGUGCCAGCAAUGGUUCAGCCAUGGUGCGGGUGAUCAGCGUCAGCACGGCAGAGCGCACACUGCUGAAGGGCUUCACAGGAAGUGUGGCCGAUUUAGCCUUUGCUCACCUCAACUCCCCCCAGCUGGCCUGCCUGGAUGAAUCGGGCAGCCUUUUUGUGUGGCGCCUGGCCAUGGAGAACAACAAGAUCCAAGAGGAGAUUGUGGUGAACAUUAAGCGUUCAGAGGGCACACCAUUGAAUCACUUCCGAAGGAUCAUCUGGUGUCCAUAUAUCCCAGAGGAGAAUGAGGAAAGCAGUGAGGAGGGCAGCCAGACUCUGGCCCUGCUACAUGAAGACAGGGCUGAGGUGUGGGACCUGGACAUUCUCCGAGCCAACAACAGCUCCUGGCCUGUGGAUGUCAACCACAUCAAAGAAGGCUUCAUUGUGGUGAAGGGCCAUAGCACGUGCCUGAGUGAAGGAGCUCUCUCUCCCGAUGGGACUGUUUUAGCCACUGCAAGUCAUGAUGGCUUUGUUAAGUUCUGGCAGAUCUAUAUAGAGGGCCAAGAUGAGCCAAGGUGUCUGCAUGAAUGGAAACCUCAUGAUGGCAGGCCUCUCUCCUGCCUUCUGUUCUGUGACAACCACAAGAAACAAGACCCUGAAGUCCCCUUCUGGAGGUUCCUCAUCACAGGAGCUGACCAAAACCGGGAACUGAAGAUGUGGUGCACAGUGUCAUGGACCUGCUUGCAGACCAUCCGCUUUUGUCCAGACAUAUUUAGCUCAGUGAGUGUGCCUCCAAGCCUCAAAGCCUGCCUGGACCUUUCAGCUGAAUACCUGAUCCUCAGUGAUGUACAGAGAAAGGUGCUGUAUGUGAUGGAGCUGCUGCAGAACCAGGAGGAGGGCAGGGCCUACUUCAGUUCUAUCUCUGAGUUCCUGCUCACCCACCCUGUGCUGAGCUUUGGCAUUCAGGUUGUGAGCCGCUGCCGGCUUCGGCACACAGAGGUUCUCCCAGCUGAGGAGGAGGGUGAUAGCUUGAGCGCAGAGGGCUCCCAUGGUGCUGGGGCAGUGGAGUCAGCAGCUGGUGUACUUAUCAAGCUCUUCUGUGUCCACACCAAGGCCCUGCAGGAUGUCCAGAUACGCUUCCAGCCCCAGCAGAGCCCUGACGUGGUGGCCCCACUGCCUUCCCACUCGGCCCGAGAAGACUUCGGGUUUGGAGAGCACCUGCCAGAGCUGAACUCGGAGAGUCUGGCCUCUGGCCAGGGUUCUGGCCAGGGCUCUCAGCCUGACCUUCGGCGUAUCGCUGACCUGCCUGUCCCUUCCGACUUUCUCAGCCUGACUAAUGAGGCCAAGCCCAAGCUCAUGACUCCUGAUGCCUUCAUGACUCCGAGCGCCUCUCUGCAGCAGAUCACAGUGUCCCCUGGAAGCAGUGGGAGUUCUUUAACAGCCGUGACAUCCUUGAAUACCACCUCAGCCACAGACACGACCAUGCCCAGGCCUUCUGAGGAGCUGACCCUGAGCCCCAAGCUGCAGCUAGACAGCAGUCUGACCCUGAGCAGCAGCAGUAGCAGUCUUCAGGCUAGUCCCCGUGGCCACAGCGUCCUCAUCCCAGGCCUCUCUGAUAAACUAGCUACCAAAGGGCCCAGCCAGGUCCCACAAGGGAACCCAUCACUGUCCUUGGAGCUGCAGGAGGUAGAGCCCCUGGUGGUGCCACAGGCUUCUCCGACCCGGGCCCGCUCCCCCGACGUCAUCUCCUCAGCCUCCACAGCCCUGUCCCAGGACAUCCCUGAGAUUGCCUCCGAGGCUCUGUCCCGAGGGUUUGGCACCACUGCUCCAGAGGGCCUUGAGCCUGACAGUAUGGCAUCUGCUGCCUCGGCCCUGCACCUGCUAUCCCCACGGCCUCGGCCUGGCCCUGAGCACGGCCCCCAGCACAGCCUGGAUGGGAGUCCUGGGGAGGGCGAGAAGCGGAGCACGCCGUCCUUGCUGGAGACAGCGCUGAGCCAGGAGACCAGUGCUGCAGACAGCAAGGCCUGGCCUGCCGCACCUGAUAUCACCCGGGAAACCCGCAACAGCCUGGCCGACAGUCCCAGGGAUGAUGUGCAGGAGAAACACAAAGGCUCUUCCUAUCACAGGCAUGCCUACCAUCUGCUGCAACAGGACAGUCAGGAUGCCAGUGCUGAGCAGAGUGACCAUGAUGAUGAGGUGGCCAGCUUGGCCUCAACCUCAGGUGGCUUUGUUGCCAAAGCGACGGCCCCAAGACUGCCAGUGAAGGACUGGAAAACCAAGGGGUCUCCCAGGGCCUCACCCAAGCUGAAGAGAAAGGGCAAGAAAGACGAUGGGGACUUGGCACAAGGCCCCUGGCUGGUAGAACACCAGGCAGCAGAAGCUCCUGAAGAGUGGCUGGCCCUGGUUCGAGGGCAGCAGCGGGAGCUCGCCGAGCUGCGGCAGAGUCACGCCGAGCUGCUGCAGCGGCUGACAGACCAGUUGGACUCAGUGCAGAGCUCUCUCAUGGGCCAUGUGGAGAGAGUCCUGGAAUCUCGACAAGAACAUGAGCAGAGACGGUUAGAGCGGGCCCUGGCUGAGGGGCAGCAGCGCAGCGGACAGCUGCAGGAACACUUGUCACAGCAGUUGUCUCAGGCCCUGUCCUCGGCCGUGGCAGGCCGGCUGGAGCGCACGGUUAGAGAGGAGAUGAAGAAAACGAUUCCCCAAUGUGUCUCCAAAAGCUUGGAGCCAGUGACAAGCCAGCUGAGUGGCACCGUGGCGGCCAAGCUGACAGCGGUAGAAGGCACCCUCAAGGAGAAUGUCACCAAGCUGGUCAAGUCCAAGAACCUGACUGACACGAUCGCCCGUGCAGCAGCAGAUACUCUACAGGGACCCAUGCAGGCUGCCUACCGAGAGGCCUUCCAGAGCAUUGUGCUGCCCACUUUUGAGAAGAGCUGCCAGGCCAUGUUCCAGCAGAUCAAUGACAGCUUCAAGCUGGGUACCCAGGAAUACCUGCAGCAGUUAGAGAACCACAUGAAGAGUCGGAAGGCAAGAGAGCAGGAAGUGCGAGAGCCGGUGCUGGCGCAGCUUCGAGGCCUGGUGGGCACCUUGCAGAGUGCCACAGAGCAGAUGGCAGCCUCUGUGAGCAGCAGCGUGCGGGCCGAGGUCCAGCACCAGCUCCACAUUGCCGUAAGCAACAUGCAGGAGUCAAUCCUCUCCCAGGUCCAGCGCAUUAUCAAGGGGGAGGUGAGCCUGGCCAUGAAGGAGCAGCAAGCAGCGGUCACUUCCAGUAUCAUGCAGGCAAUGCGCUCUGCUGCCGGCACACCCAUCCCAGCUGCCCACCUUGACUGCCAGGCCCAGCAGGCACACAUCCUGCAGAUGCUCCAGCAGGGGCACCUCAACCAGGCUUUCCAACAGGCCCUGACAGCAGCUGACCUGAACCUGGUGCUCUUUGUGUGUGAGACUGUGGACCCACAGCAGGUGUUUGGCCAGCCACCUUGUCCCCUGUCCCAGCCUGUCCUGCUCUCCCUCAUCCAGCAGCUCUCCUCUGACCUGGGAACCCGCACAGAGCUCAAAUUCAGCUACUUGGAAGAAGCUGUAAUGCACCUGGACCAUAGUGACCCGAUCACCAGGGACCAUAUGGGCUCAGUCAUGGCCCAGGUACGGCAGAAGCUAUUCCAGUUCCUACAGGCUGAGCCCCACAACUCGCUCAGCAAGUCCGCCCGGCGUCUCACCAUCAUGCUGCAGGGCCUGGCUGUCCCCAGCCUCAACUAGGUGGACAUAGGCACCUUGGGUGACCCAGAAGAGGAGGGAGAAGGGGUUGUAGUACUCAACUAUGAUGACUCCAGGCCCUGGGGACUGAGGGAACACUGAGUUUCUUUGGAACUUGGUGAUAAAGUCCAAAGCCAGAACUUUGCCAGCCCCUCCUUGCCCGUCCUCUGUCAGAGGACUAUGACUGACCCUGGGGGUUCAGCUCUGGUAAUGCCUCUGGAGCAGAAGGGGUCUCCCUGCUGUUUCCUCAGGUUGGCUCUUCAGGCUGAAGGGGCUAUGGCUUUCAGCUCUGACUAGGGAGGUUGGGGAAUCUGGGCAUGCUCCCCCAGGCUCCAUCAACUAGGGAGCAUGUUUCCGGAUUCAACUAUUAUAACUUGAGUUGAAUUUUACAUGUUCCUUUUUACCUCCAGUUUGGAUCUUUCUGUUUUUGAGUAACAUUGAACAAAAAUUCAAUUAAAUGCUUUUUAGAUAAAAGCCUCUGCUA